GUUGAUAUGCGUUCCAACCCCCAUGUAAUGACGCAACACCGGUUCAUCUGAGGUAAAAAACAAGCCAUGACAUGCGCAGAAAUGUUUCUAAAGUGAAAGUAAAAGUAUUUGUAGAUAUGUCCUCUGCCCGUACGAAAGUCCGCUGACAAAAGCUCGAAUUUUCACGAUUAUUUUAUGAUGCUAUGGUGUUCAAGUUUUUAUUAAGAUGGACAUUCUUUACUGUAUUUUGAUGUCCUUCCUGAUAAUCGCCGAUGGGUUUGUUGUGAAAGGUCCCACUGGUCCUCUGGUGGUUCCUCUGGGAGGUUCAGUGGUUUUGCCCUGUUAUGUAGAUACAGCUUUACCAAUGGAGCAUCUGGAGGUGGAAUGGAGAAGAUCAGACACAGACACUCCGGUUCAUCUGUAUCAAGAUGGCGGCAGUAGACCAGAGGUCCAGCAGCAGGAUUAUCAUGAUAGAGCUCAUUUCUUUACUGACCAGAUUCAACAUGGAAAUUUCUCCCUCCUGUUGAGCAAUGUGAGACCUGAAGAUAAAGGAUUUUACACGUGUAAAGUGUUCGGUGAGCUGGAUUCUGGUGAAACUGUGGUUGAAAUAAAAGAUAUUGAGCGUUUGAUACUAUCAGGAUCGAGUCGUUCCAUAUCUGUGUAUGCGGGUGAUGACGUCACUCUGAACUGCUCUGUGGACUCUCACAUCACACCUGAAGAGAUUGAAGAAGUUUCAUGGAAGAAACUAGAUAAAAAUGAAGAUGGAGACUUCCUGGUCCUGCUCUACCAAAACAACCAGACUUUACUAGAAUCAUCAGAUGAGCAAUACAUGGACAGAGUUGAGUUCUUCACUGAUCAAAUCCCCAAAGGAAACUUCUCUCUCAGACUGAAGAGUGUCAGAACUGAAGAUAAAGGAGUUUACAUGUGUCAAGUGUUUGCUGGAGAUGUUUCAGCCAACACGACUGUAGUACUGGAACUUGGUUUCUCUGAUUUACACAUAAUGGUGCUGAUUCUCUGUAUUGCUGCAUCUGGAUCUGCACUUCUGCUGUGCUGUCUGAUCUACUGUAAAUCAAAAAAGACAGAAACCAGCAGAACAGUGUGGACUCUUCAGGUUUCUCUUGCCUUUUGUCCAAACAUCUGUAUGUUCUUGGCUUUCAUUGUCUGGGGUGCCACUGAGGGAUUUCUGAAUGAGACCGUCCCAUGCUGUGCUCUUUAUAUUCUGAGGCCUGUGAUGUUGUUGUGGGCUUUGCCCUUUAUAAAUUAUCUUCAAGACGAUAUUAAAUCAUGGAUUAGGUUUUCACGUAUAGGAAGAGAAUUUGCUGUUUUAACAAUCGUCGUUUAUUCAGUUCUCUUUGCAUAUGCCUGGAAGAAGAGUGCACCUUAUAAAACAGUUGUGUCUCGCGUAUUUUCUGGAUCAUUUGAGGGAAUUAUAUUACUUUUGUGUCUCUUUAUCUUCAGUGGAGGUUUUGGAAGCAAAGCAAAAAAAAUGCUACAUUACAGUUUGCUAUGUUUGGCACCUGUGCAAUCGUAUUUUAUGAUAUCUUCAUUUGGAACUUCCAGCGAGGCUCAUCAUAUAGCUCUUAUAGUUGUUGCAGUGGUUCAAAAUCUACCUCUCUGGUUUUUACAGCGUCUUCAUGCAAGACGUAGCGUUCACACCAGAAGAUGGAUGUUUGCAGUAGUUCUUCUGGAUGUCGGUUUGGCAUUAUUUGUUCAUCUAAUCAUUUUGGAAAAGGAGGAAGGUUUCUUUGGAUGGACAUGUGUCAUUUUAUUUCUCCAUGUUCUAAGGAUGAUGGCAUUCUUUGACAGUGUGUUUGUGGCUGAACAUGCAGGAGAACAGACACAACAGACUGAAAUGGGCCAACAAGGAACAAAUCUGUUGUCUCUCUGUAAUGUAUUCAUGUACAUGUUUGGAGCAGUUGGUGUCAUUUUGUUGAACUCAGUUGCUCUGACAGCAGAACUGGAACAGAAAUCAAAACAUGGCGAGCGCGCAUUGGAGGAUCUGCGAUUCAUUGUUUUUCCAUCUGAAUGUGUUUUUGUCUUAUAUUGGUUUCUGUUCACUUUCUGGAAACCUAGAAAACCUGAAUCUGUAAACAAUGGAGGGAAUGUACGUCAAAGACACAGACGUAACCAUCCGAACGCAGCAGAGAUUCAUGAACUGCAGAAUCUGUCUUCACUGAUUCACAGAAAUAAUGAGAGAAACUGAUUGAUCUGAUCACAUGAUGAAUCUCUCGGCAGUUCCCCUUGAAAAACAAGAUGAGAGUCAAGAUUCAUUUUGCAUUUGUAAAGCAGAAUGUGUGGUGAAAUGAAGUUACUGUUUCUUAUAAUGUUUUAUUGAUGUUUGUGUCAUUUCAUAAGAUAACCUUGUGAACUUUUUAUUCAUUUAUAUUUCUGUACGUGUGGUUUGUUAUGACAGUUGAAUCUGCUCAUCUACAGUAUGGUAUUUAUUUGUGUGUUUAUCAGUUCACAGUAUUGUCCGACAAAGUCCAAAAGCAUUUCGCUACACUGAAACUAAGAAAAAUGACUUCAAAGUAUUAUUUUACAAAUGUGUAUUAUAAAAUAGUCUCAUAAUGUUUUCUCUAAAGCUCAGUACAGUUGAGUCAGAUUUAUCUGUUACACUGUUGGACAGAUCAAAAGAAACUUGAUUUCAGCCAUAACUUAAAGUGUAAACUCUUUUAAACAUGUUGACAGAUGUGCCAAUCUUUGUAUUUUAAGAUGUUUUAUUAUUUUUAUAAUAUUCUGUCAUUAUGGUAUUAGGAUGUCAUGCAAAAAAUAAUACUCAUGAAGUCUUCACCAUUAUUCCUAAAAUCUUUCCUGUGUAAAAUAAAACAUAUUUUUCUAA